GGAUGACUCAAGGGCGAGAACUCUUUUCACUGGAACUUAUCCAAGUUUGUAUAAUUCGAUUCAUUCAAACUUUAAAAUAUGUAACUUUAUACACAUAUUUGCAUGAAAGUGAUAAUGAAAGUAAUAAGAUUGGUUAUACAGUGCAAAGGAUUUAAGCACACAUCACUAUGGGAAAAGACAAGAAAAAUAAGCACAGUAUACAAGAUAUAGGAAGUUUUAAAACAAAAGACAGUCUGAAGGAAGAAGACGUGCAACUUACCAAACAGGUUCAGGAUUUGGAACGGCGAUACCGUGAACUGUACAAGUCUGUACAGCAGCUCUCGUACACAUAUGACACAUGCAGAGAUCAUUUUGCUCUGCAGCGAUAUGGGGACCUGAAGGACAUGAUAAAGGCUUGUAUAACUGAUGAAGUGAUGGAGAAUGCUGCAAAGUAUUCCCCGGCCAAUGCUCAGCCAGAGACGGGCAAGGCUGCUGACCUUCUCAGGGCUGCUAAACGAUUAUCAGAAUCAGCCUCAGCCAGACAAGAAGUUGACGGUCUUCACAAAGCUGAGAUUGUGAAAGACCUUGAAGAGAAGAAGAAGAAGAAAGACAAAAUGGAGCUGAAAUUUCUACGGCUUCAUAAUCGACUGGUCAAACUGAAACGUGACUAUGAGGAUUCUAAACAGCAUCUGCCUGCCAAGAGGUAUGGAGUCAUGAAGGAGAUGAUUAAGCCACUGAUACGCGAUGAAACAAUCAAAGUUGACACCCUUUGAAAUACUGUGUGAUGAACAGGUGUUGGGUUGGGUAUUAAUACUUAAACACCUUGUAAAACUUAAAUGUAAAAAGGGGAAAAUUAACAGUUAAUGAAGCUUAACUUUUUGUUGGACAUGCAUUAUGAUAAUUUUGUCUUUGUAUUAUUUUUAAAAUGUAAGGGCUUUUAGAUUCAUUAUUCGUUGUAUUUCAAACAAUUUAUAUGUUAUACAUGACAACUAUCACACACUUACUAUUAUAGAUCUGAUUUUGUAGACACCUUUUAAUUGCAUGGUUUUUCAGUGUAUAUUUAAAAUGUACACACUUUCAAAUAUGUGCAAUGAUUAUGAUAUUUUCUACCCUUAUCGUAUAUCCACAUGUAUCAUGAGUUGCAUGUUUUGUAGUUUGCAAGUUUUUGUUUGCAUAGAUUUAUUCUAUGAAUUAUUGUAACAUAUUAUUACAUCAACAUAUAUCAAGAAAAAAUCAAACUUAUUAAUUUGAUAUAAAUGCAUCUAAAUUGAAUUUUACACUGGAGAAGAAAUAAUUGUUUUUUUUAUUAUUAUUUGAAGUGGUAAGUGCAGUAGUGCAGGUGUUAAUUUAACACUUGACAAAGACACACCCACAAAAUGAAAAUAUUUAUUUUAUUUUUUCAUCUGGUGAAUUGAAACAUUUUGUAACAAAUAAUGGGAAAUUAAAAAAUAUGUCACAAAUAUUUGUCUUUUUUUUUGCUUUUGAUUUUUCGGUUAAUUUAGUCUAUGACAUUUUUUUGUAAAUUGAUACUAGUAUUAUUUUAACUGUGAACUUGUGUGAAUGUAUCUAUGUAGUUCACCAUAUAUUAAUACUGCUUGGUUCUAAUUGCCUGUUCAUCGUGAGUUUCCUAGUUGUGUAUCCUCAUUAAAUAUUUAACUGGUCAUUUAAUUAGAACUAUUACAUGUUCAUGUUUGAGGUUUUCAGCAUUUCAUUUUGCAAAAAAUAGACAAUGAUGCUGCAAAAGAAAUAAUAUUGUCAUAUCCAGUAGUUAUUUUAGUUUUUAUUUGUUGCUCAUGUUUUUCAUAAUCUGGGAAUUUGGUACUGCUCAUGUCUGAAACAUAUCUUAUUUUUACAUAGAUUGUCAUGGUCAUGUACAAAAACGGUUCUAAUUUUUACCAUUGUUAAUGAUACAUGUUUUAGUGAUCGAGUCCAGCCUUAUUAUAGCGCCUUCUUAUUAACCAGGUUUUCAACAGUGUUGAAAAUCUUGGUCAUUAGAUUUCAGCAUUGUGGUCAGGCUGCGUCCAACAUAGGUUUUCCGGUUUAUAAUUUGUGUGUGCUUUAACCAUUUUUACAAUGUAGCAAGCUUGCAAGGAGACAAGGCUUGGGCUUGUAUUUGGAGCUUGUCAGGGUUAAGGUCACUGAUACUUUACAUAGAAAAACAGUUUCCGCUCAAUAACUUGAGAUUGGAUGGAGAUUUUUGCAAGGAAAUUUGAUCUGCAGGUUGUUUACAUAAAGACCUAUCUUGGCAUUCUAUUUGGGGCUAGUUGGGUAAAGAUCAAGGUCUUUAUUUCUAGAGAAAAGAAAAAAUGAUGUUGUUUCUUUUGAAUAACUAAAGUUUGCCUUGAUCAACCUUAAUGGCAAGUAGAAUAUAUAUAGGAGCCUGCAUUCAAACCUAGCUCUGGGUCGUAUUUUGGCUGAUGCGGUAAAGGUCAAGGUCAUUCUUACUAAACACAGAACAAUGGCUUACCCUCAAUAACUUGAUAUAUUGCACUGAAGCAUUUAAAUUGCAUAUGCGUCCAAUCAGGUCAAGGUCAAUAUCACCAUUACUAAAGAUAGAAAAAUGGAGUGUGGUAAAGAUAUUGAGAUUGGAUGGUGGUACAUGUAUUGCACGGAAUCUUUGUGUGUAUGUUGCUUAUAUGCAAACAUAGCAUGGCAGUUCUUUUGGUGCCAGAUGGGAUUAGUUCUAGGUCACUGUUGAUUAAAACAGAAACAAGUUUCUUCACAAUAACUUUGGGUUGAGAUCAUGUGUGAACAUAGUGUGUGUAUGUAGCUUUAAUACAUGUAAAAGUAACUAGGGAUUCCAUUUAAGACCAGUUGGGUCAAUGAAAAUUUUUCUAAAAAUACACUGUGUAGUUGUGUUUUAGAACUAAUAUAUUGUGUGUAGGAAACCACUUAAAUUUUUAUAAAAUGAGCCAUCAAUAUGUCAUGACAUGCAUCAGAUUUGUGUUUUUUAAAUGGUAAUUUUGCCUCAUUUAGUGUUCACAUGAUAUAUUUGUUUGGUGGUUUUUUCCACUGCACAGAGCAUGUAAGUGUAAAAAUCUAGGAGUUUUCUAGAUGGACUCUGGAGGAAAGACUUUUUGAUGUACAUAUAUAUAUUAAUAUUGUAAAUUUCUUAAUGUUCUCAGUCAUGUGAUUAUUUCCAUAAUACAGUACAAUACCACUGAUAAUCUUUUAUUAAGCUAGAAUAUUGUAGCCUAAGGAUAUACAGGAAACAUAAAGGACAAUAUGUUUUUAGCUCUACUAUUGUAUAUAAAAUAUAUGUAGUGGAGCUAUCCUGCUCACCCCGGCAUUAGCGUUAGCGUGCAAAUGUAGUAGUUUUCAUACUACCCCAAAUAUUUUUUUUUGUCCCUUGACAUAUUGCUUUCAUAUUUUGCAUACUUGUUUACCAACAUGACCCCAACCUAUAAACAAGAGCAGACAACUCUAUCAAGCAUUUUGUCAUAAUUAUGGUCCCUUUUCCACUUAGAAUAUGCAGCAAAUGAUAAAGUUUGCGUACUACAAUAACUAUUUUCAAUGUCCCUUGACAUCUUGCUUUCAUAUUUUGCAUACUUGUUAACCAUCAUGACCCCAACUUAUAAACAAGAGCAGACCACUGUAUCAAGCAUUUUGACAUACUUAUGGCCCCUUUACACUUAUAUAAUUGAACAUUUUGCUUAAAUUGCCAUAACUUCUUUAUUUGUGAUCACAUUUUAUUAUUACAUUCACAAAACAACACUUACCUGAAUACCACAAUGGAUUCUUCAAACAUAAUUUAAUAAAUUACCACACCCCACAUUAUACCCCCCUCUCACCCCCCUAAAAAAAUUUUUUGUUUGUUUUUGUUUAAACAUCAUCUAAUAAAUUACCACACCCCAUAUUAUACCCCCCU